CCACAAUUCAAGAAAUAGGUGCCAUCAAUUACGCAAAUGACGUAGAAUGGAUAAGUCAAAUAUCUUUAGGCACUCCACUACAAUCAUUUCUUGUAGCCUUUGAUACUGGAAGUGCUGACCUUUGGGUUCCUUGCGUAUAUUGCGAUAACUGUAAUAAUAAAAGGUUAUAUGAUGAUACUCGAAGUUCUACCAUUAAAUAUGAUGAUAAUGAUUUUUCCAUUACUUAUGCGGACGGUUCAUGUUCUUACGGUUGGAUCGAACUGGAUACUCUUCAAGUUGGAUCCAUGUCUAUUAAGUCCCAAACGUUCGCCAUAAUAUAUUCCAUAAGUUCAGCGUUUCAAAGUGAUGUAAUUGAUGGUGUUGUGGGGCUUGGAUAUGAUUCGCUUUCAGUAUAUCCAGGCACUAAAACUCCUUUAACGAAUAUGAUUAAUCAAAGGUUAAUUCCUAAAAAAAUCUUUUCGGUACAGUUGCGUCCUGCACGUAACAAAACUUCUUAUGGUGGAAUAUUCGUCUUUGGCGGCCUAGACACUACUUUAUACAAAGGUUCUAUAACAUAUGCCCCUGUAACUGUUAAAAAUUUUUGGCAAAUUGGAAUUGAUGCAGUAUUAUAUAAUGGAAAGGCUACUUUUACCUCACCAAGAAACAGCAAACAACAGGCUAUAGUUGACACUGGAACUGCAUUGCUUAUUAUGGGAAAAAGUGUAGUAACAACAUUGCAUUCAAGCAUGAAAGGAAAGUAUGAUUCUAGUUCACAGACAUGGCAAGUUCCUUGUAAUUUGAAUAGUAAUGUACAAAUAUCGAUUCAAAUUAACGGUGUUCAACUUCCGAUUAACUAUCAAGAUAUCGUGAGAGAAAAAGUAAGUUCUUCUUCAAGUACUUGGUGCUAUUCUGGAAUAGGUUCUACUGAUUCUACCACUUGGAUCCUUGGAGGUGUCUUUUUGAAAAAUUAUUACGCGGUAUUUGAUGGCGUGGCGAACCAAGUUGGAUUUGCUACACCUGUUUAUCCGAAGUAG